GAAGUUGAGUGUUACUGGGUGGGUGCCCUUGCCUGCGGCUGCAGAGCUGUCUGGGAGCUCCGAGCACACACUGAGGGCCUGGAAGGAGCCUGUGUGUCCUCUGUCGCCGUGAGAAGAAAGAGGAACCAGGACUUUUACCGUGCCAAGGCCCCCUGGGGAGAAGUAACUGAGACCUGGAGCUUGAAUAACCGGUUCAAGGUUACCGAGUUGAUAGAAGGACAAGGACAGAAUCACCAGCACUGGCUGAAGGUACCUUAACAUGGGGAAUCUUCUUAAAGUUUUGACAUGCACAGACCUUGAACAGGGGCCAAAUUUUUUCCUUGAUUUUGAAAAUGCCCAGCCUACAGAGUCUGAGAAGGAAAUUUAUAACCAGGUGAAUGUAGUAUUGAAAGAUGCAGAAGGCAUCUUGGAGGACUUGCAAUCAUACAGAGGAGCUGGCCAUGAAAUACGAGAGGCAAUCCAACAUCCAGCAGAUGAGAAGCUGCAAGAGAAAGCGUGGGGUGCGGUAGUUCCGUUAGUAGGCAAAUUAAAGAAAUUCUAUGAAUUUUCUCAGAGGUUAGAAGCUGCAUUAAGAGGCCUGCUGGGAGCCUUGACCAGUACCCCAUAUUCUCCUACCCAGCAUCUAGAGCGAGAGCAGGCUCUUGCUAAACAGUUUGCAGAAAUUCUUCACUUCACACUCCGCUUCGAUGAACUUAAGAUGACAAAUCCUGCCAUACAGAAUGAUUUCAGCUACUACAGAAGAACGUUGAGUCGAAUGAGGAUUAAUAACGUUCCAGCAGAAGGAGAAAAUGAAGUGAAUAAUGAAUUGGCAAAUCGAAUGUCUUUGUUUUAUGCUGAGGCGACCCCGAUGUUGAAAACCUUAAGUGAUGCUACAACAAAGUUUGUGUCAGAGAAUAAAAACUUACCAAUAGAAAAUACCACCGACUGUUUAAGCACCAUGGCUAGUGUAUGCAGAGUCAUGCUGGAAACACCGGAAUACAGAAGCAGAUUUACAAAUGAAGAGACAGUAUCAUUCUGCUUGAGGGUAAUGGUGGGUGUCAUAAUACUGUAUGACCAUGUACAUCCAGUGGGAGCAUUUGCCAAAACGUCCAAAAUUGAUAUGAAAGGUUGUAUCAAAGUUCUUAAGGACCAACCUCCUAAUAGUGUAGAAGGUCUUCUAAAUGCUCUCAGGUACACAACAAAACAUUUGAAUGAUGAGACUACCUCCAAGCAAAUAAAAUCCAUGCUGCAAUAACAGUUCUGGAGUAAGCCCCUGCUGUAGACAGAAGACAGUAUUCUGCAAUGACUGAGAAUGCACAGUUUUUUAGUGAUUGCAAUUACUAUCUCAUUUACUCUUGCUUUUAUUUCUUUCCUCUGUUCCUCUUCCCUCUUUUUUAAUCAUGUUCUCGACUUCUUUUCUGUGCCAAAAUCAGUACAGUUAUAUUCUGAAGGGAGAGUGUCCUUUCAGACAGGCCAUCUAAGGCAGCUAAUUAUGCAUUGCAUUAGGGUCUCUACUGAGAAAAAUUCCGUGACUUGAACUAAAUAUUUUUAAAUGUGGAUUUUUUUUGAAAACUAAUAUUUAAUAUUGCUUCUCCUGCAUGGCAAAACUGCCUAUUCUGCUAUUUAAAAACCCUCAAUGACUUUAUUUUCUACUGCCGCUUUUUUCAUGUGCAACCAAAAUGAAAAUGUUUAAAUUAACUGCAUUGUACAAAUGGUACCCAACACAAACUUUUUUUAAAUUAGUAAGAUUUUUGUUUAAAGUUUUAAGUUUGCAUUUUGACCUUUUUUGUAAGGAUGUAUGUUGUGUGUUUAACCUUUAUUAACUAACGUUAAAAACUGUGAUGUGUGCGUAGAAUAUUACGUAUGCAUGUUCAUGUUUAAAGAAUGGCUGUUGGUGAUAAAAUAAAAAUCAGCUUUCAUUUUUCUAA